AUGCCACCUAUCGGUAAGAUGUUAGACAACACACAUUCAGCUAUUAACAAAAUAAUUUCUGAUGAUGAGCUUCCAAGUCCUUUUGGCACUCGAGCUCCAUACUGCCUGCUGAACCAACAAGUGCCUGUCCUCAGGUUGUACCUGGAUGGGAGAAGUGACCUGAGGCCAGACUUUCGGCUUAACAGGCAAACACUGACCUACCUCAUUAACACCCUCCGUGAGGUUCGUGACCAUGGUUGGGGUCAGGAUCUUGAAAUUCUGGUCUUUAUAUUCUGGCUGGCAAGUGCAACUUCUUACUGGGUUGUUUGCAGAGCAUUUGAUAUGCCCCGUUCAACAGUCCACAUGAUUGUCCACAAAGUCUCAAAAAUGCUCCUCCGUAUCAAACGCAAAGUGAUCCACUUCCCAUCUUUAGAUGAGCUUGAGGAAAUCAGCACAGGCUUUGCAAACCUGGCUGGCAGUCCUGUCUUUAGUUCAAUUGCUGGUAGCAUUGAUGGCUGUCACAUUAGAAUCAAGCCUCCAUCUGCUGAUUCUAUGUGCUACUUAAACAGAAAGUUAUUUUAUUCCAUCCAGCUACAAGCACUCUGUGACCACCAAGGUAAAUACCUGGACAUUUUCGUUGGCUAUCCCGGAUCAGUCCAUGACUCCAGAGUGCUCAGGAAAAGCCAAAUCUACCUGAAGGCACUGUACCCACCAGACGGAUACCACAUUUUAGGAGAUGGAGGUUUCCCCUGUCUUAGCCACCCAAUCUCUCUUAUCACUCCAUAUAGAGAGCCACUACAAAAUGCAAGUCAACGGCGUUUCAACUUCCACCAUGCAAAAGCUCGGUCCAUCAUUGAGAGAUCUUUUUGCUGUUUGAAAACGCGAUGGCGAUCACUUUUCUUCAAGGCCCUUGAAGUCAAGCCAGAAUUUGCUCCAGAGGUCAUCACUUGUUGUACUAUACUGCACAACAUCUGCAUCACAAAUGGUGACAUCAUGGAACCAGAAGAAGAUAAACUGGAUGACGACGAUCAUGAUGACCUGCAAGUGAGAGAUCCGCAGAGUGGAGAGCACACCCGAGAAUGCUUGGCUGCAGCCCUUUCUGCUCCAAACGAUGACAAUCUUCCUCCAGCCCUAAGACACCAUGAUUAUUUAUAA